UAUCGAUAUUUUGGAGUUUGCCAGAGUUAGCAAUGAAGCUGGUCGUGUCACUAACGACGUGCAAAAUAUUACACAACAAAGAACUGGAUCUCUCAAACAAUUCUUUAGGGCAAACUUUUUCGAAUUUAUUAACGACGGCUUCCAUAGAGGAAUCGACAGAAAUACUCGCCGACCAAGUUUCCAGUUCCAUAGUCGUAAUCGUUUCCAAACGAUUUCUGGAAAUCGUCACCAUAUACGUAGCAGACUAUAG